GCCACGUGACGGCCGCUAUAAGAGCGGCGGGCUGCGGACUCCCGCCCUCCCUGCUGGCCGCGGCCACCUUAUCGGCGCCCGGCUCCUCCGACCCACCCGGCCACACUAUGACAGAUCAGGCUUUUGUGACGCUGACCACAAACGAUGCCUAUGCCAAAGGUGCGCUGGUCCUGGGCUCAUCUUUGAAACAGCACAGGACUACUAGGAGGAUGGUUGUACUCGCCAGCCCACAGGUUUCAGACUCCAUGAGAAAAGUUUUAGAGACUGUCUUUGAUGAAGUCAUCAUGGUAGAUGUCUUGGACAGUGGUGAUUCUGCUCAUCUAACCUUAAUGAAGAGACCUGAGUUGGGCAUCACAUUGACUAAACUCCACUGCUGGUCACUUACUCAGUAUUCCAAAUGUGUGUUCAUGGAUGCAGAUACUCUGGUCCUCACAAAUAUUGAUGAUCUGUUUGAAAGAGAAGAACUGUCAGCAGCACCAGACCCAGGGUGGCCCGACUGUUUCAAUUCUGGAGUUUUUGUCUAUCAACCCUCCAUUGAAACAUAUAACCAGCUGUUGCAUCUUGCUUCUGAGCAAGGUAGUUUUGAUGGUGGGGACCAGGGCCUACUGAAUACAUAUUUUAGUGGCUGGGCAACGACAGAUAUCACAAAACACCUGCCAUUUGUGUAUAACCUAAGCAGCAUUUCAAUAUACUCCUACCUCCCGGCAUUUAAAGCGUUUGGUAAAAAUGCCAAAGUUGUGCACUUCCUGGGACGAACCAAGCCAUGGAAUUACACUUAUAAUCCCCAAACAAAAAGUGUCAACUGUGAAUCCCAGGACCCGACCGUGAGUCACCCAGAGUUUCUGAACCUGUGGUGGGACACCUUCACCACCAAUGUCUUACCCCUGCUCCAACAGCAUGGUCUUGUCAAAGAUGCCAGCUCCUAUCUAAUGAUGGAACAUGUCUCAGGAGCUUUGUCAGACCUGUCCUUUGGGGAGACCCCAGCUACACCACAACCUUCUAUGUCCUCAGAAGAAAGGAAGGAACGGUGGGAACAGGGCCAGGCCGAUUACAUGGGAGCAGAUUCUUUUGAUAACAUCAAGAGAAAACUUGACACUUACCUGCAAUAGAAGCACUGCGGUUUUCCUGUGGACACAUCCAUGUCUUAGGCACAUUUCCACACAUAGUAUGUGAAGUCGGUUACAAUUGUUAGAGGCUUUCACUAAACCUCAUCAGAUGAGGGGUUUGGGCAGGACAACAGGUGAGAACUUGGCAAAUGUUAUUAAGUCGUAAUUCCAUCAUGUGGACAAGUAUUCUGUUUAACCCUAGAUGUUUUUUUUUAAAAACUCUCAAUUCUUAAAUUGCCAAUGUGUGAUAAAAGAAAGCCAACAUUAAGCUACUAAAAUGGCUCUCUCAAGUGGUGCAGAACUUGACUCUCCAUCUCCAAAACAAGGUAUGACAUUUUCCAAUCUUCACUUGUUGCAUCCUUCACAAGACCUGCAAUGUAGAGCUGCUCAAAGCCUGUCGGAGAAGUAGCCUUCCAGACUAAAGUGGCCUUUAUUAACACUGCGGAGUGAUUCCUAAGCCGACCAGCUAGUGUUAGCUCACCAGUGUUCUAUGCACCGUGAAGGCAGCAUGUAGACUUGUUCUUUCUCAGCUGUCUACUUGAAAAUUGCAGUGUGCUCUCUGACGGUAGCUGUGGUAGCACUGUGUAUAACAAAUAAACACUUAUUGACAUA